UCGUCAGAGUGUAAUCAACAAAUUAAUGACCGCACGAGCAUCGGCUGCUGUGUGAUAUAUAUAGCUAGGAUAGGAGGAGCAGUGCUAAUGGCGGACGACGGCCGUCGCAGGAAUGUCUCCAUGGACUUCUCAGUGAGCAUCCCUUCAGCAGCAGCAGCUUCCAUGCUGGUGGACAAGGAGAACACGAGCGACGACAGGAUAUCAAUCAUCAUCCCGCACAGCAGGUCUCCUUCCAGCAAGAUCCUGCCGCUAGGGUUCCAGCGAAACGAGGCACCAUCGGAUCAUUCACCUGCUCGUCCCGUCUCAGCAAAGAGGGUGGCGCUUGCACUCACCAAGAAGGUGGCAGCAGAGCUCCUGGGGACGUUCCUGCUGGUCUUCACCGUGCUGUCGGCGCUGAUCACGAACGAGGCGCACGGCGGAGCGCUGGGCGUGCUCGGCGUGGCAGUGGCCGGGGGGACGGCCGUGGUGGUGGUCGUCUCCUCCAUCUUCCACGUGUCCGGAGGCCACGUCAACCCGGCGGUCAGCGUCGCCAUGGCGGUGUUCGGCCACCUCCCGCCAGCUCACCUCGCGCUCUACGCCGCCGCCCAGCUCCUCGGGUCCGUGGCGGCCUCGUUCGUGGCCAAGGCGCUCUACGCUGGUCCGGCGAACCUGCUAGGCCCCACCGUCGCCACCGUGCCUAGCGUCGGCGCCUCUCAGGCGUUUUGGGUCGAGUUCAUCACCACCUUCGUCGUCCUCUUCGUCGUCACCGCUCUUGCCACAGACCCCAAAGCAGUGAAAGAAAUGGUGGCAGUGGGAGCUGGCGCGGCGGUGAUGAUGAGCGCUCUCAUCUCCGGGGAGUCGACCGGAGCGUCGAUGAAUCCGGCGAGAACGCUGGGGACGGCGAUCGCCACGGGGACGUACACCAAGAUCUGGGUCUAUAUGGUUGCGCCUCCGCUGGGCGCCAUUGCUGGAUGUGGAGCUUACCAUGCGCUCAAGUGAUGUAUCUAUCAUCCAUGUAAUCUAGCUAGUGAUAUGGAUCGGAAACAGAAGGUGCUCGAUACAUAUGUUCGCAACUAAAUGCGGUUGCAUGCAUGCAUGGUAGAAAACCACUCAAACGUACGCA